UUGUCAGUGGUAGCGAAGUUGCUAGCUUGAGCUUCGUUUCUCCAUGAUUUGUACGUUUUUCCCCCCGUAAUUUCUGCUCGCUAACUUAAGACAGACAGGAUGCAGAGUGCCAGUCCAGGGAGCAGGGAUUUGGGCUACUUCCCCUCCAUGUUCUCUUCCCUUCCACACUUCACUGUUCCUGAUAUGAGCAUCUCCAAGGGGAAAACCAGCAGCUCGUUCCACCUUCCAGGAAGCUCCAUGACCAACUCGAGCUGGGAGAGGAGAUGUCUGAGGAAGCACAGGAGGAGGACGGAUGAUGAAGGCUGCAGCGCCAAAAGACAGAAGAUGAUGGAUGAGGGAGAAUCCGAUCCCUUGGAAGACGCAAGAUCCAGACCAGACCCAGAGUGGUUGGCCGAGUGUGCGACUGUAGGUUCUCCCACCGUUCAGCACUGCGGUACCUCCGCCCCGCCGUCCCCAAACACCCAGUACAAUCGGAGCCCUUUACCGGCUGUCAGGGUGGAGACAGAGGGCUCCUGUAUGGAGGUGGAGGCGGCACAGAGGAAGCUGCAGGAGAUCGAGAACAGAAUCACUCUGGAGGAUGACAGCGAUGAGGAUCUGGACGUAGAGCCGCCUCAGCGCAGACCCGUGCUCGUGCUGUCCGACAGCCUGAGGGAGGGGCUGCAGCGCGGCAUCGCCGACAUUCUCCCUCAUACAGUAGCACAGUCCGUGAGCCGAUCAUGUAUGGAGCUGGUGCUGUGGCGCCCCCUGGAGGACCCGUUCACUCAGCAACUGAAGGACUCUCUGCAGAGACAGCAGCGUAAACAGCAGCCGGUGUGCAGACAGACGCCAACACCCGUCCCCGUCCACGCCCCUAAAAGGCUGGAUGAACACACCUUCAGCCCUCUCGCUUGCCCUUCCGCAGCCUCCAGCUCCACAGAGGAGGACAUGGAGCUAUAGACUCGAGCCUGCAAGCAUGAAAUGAACUUUGUCGAGCUUCGACCAGAGGAUUUUGGGUUCUGCCAAAAUGUCACAAGGUCGAGCUGUUGGUAUUGCACUACAAUGAUGAGAUGAUGUGAGGGGUUUUUUUUGUGCCAUGUCUUGCAUCAUAUCCUGUAUGUAUCCUUGGUUCGCAGCUUUGGAUUGUAUUUUAAGAGUUUGUGUUGCAGGGAAGGCAUCGCACGAUGAAUACCUGACACAUGAUGUAAAGUGUGAAGUCAUGUGACAACAUGGCUGUUGAUCCAGUGAUCCAUUAUACAGGAUAUUUACGCUUCAGUUUGUCAUCACGAUCUCACCAGUUCCAGUCUGUUCUCUCUCUCACACACACACACAAAAACCUAAAGUAAAACUGAUUCAUACAUCGACGUAAAGCCUGAGACAGAAUCGGACCUCUCUGUCCAUCUGACGGGUUUUUUUUCUUUUUUUAAAGCUUGUAGUUCGGUUUGCGACGUGUAAAACGAUCCACCUGAGCCUCUACCGCAUCUGACCUAAAAACCUUUUUUGAUUAACGCUCCUUUGUAACGGAUGUACGGAAGCUGAGAGAGGCCCUUCAUAUAAUCCUUUUUUUAAUUCACCUUGUUAUCCCGAGAUAACGACAUAGUUAAUUCAGGAUCUCGAGAAAACACCACAACUAAUUCGAGAUCUCGAGAAAACGAAAUGAUUAUUUCGUGAUCUCGAGUAAACAGCUGAGAAAUGGUUCAUUCAGGUGCGCCAAGAGACUUGUGAUAUGCUGACUUUGGGGCUAUUUCUCAUUCUGUAUAGACGCAACUUUGGUCAUUAGAAUGUCUGGAAUAAUCGAUCACCUAAUAAGGCAAUAUUUUGAUCAGGGGUUGACACAGGGAGAGAUUGCAUUAAGCCUUUUAAUAAGGGAUAAUUUCAAAAUUAGUCCGCGGCACCUCCGCAGAAGACUGGCCCGGCUUCGUCUCUACCGACGGAGAUACAGCGAUCCAGCUGAGAUCAUGAAAUAAUUUUGUUUUCUCGGGAUAACAAGGUGAAUAAAAAAAAGAUCAUAUGAAGGGCCUCUCGCGGCUUCCGUACGGAGGUGUAAGAGCAGUUGUUGAUAUUCGAGUAAGGAAUAAAAUACAGGGUCUUGUGCAGGUCCAGGAAAAUAAUCAGCAGCAGGAUGGCAUGACCAUGACGGUGAAGUCUCCACAUCCAUGUCCUGAAGUGUUUUAUUCCUCUUGUACUACACCAGUUAGCUUUGUAUCCUCCACUGUAUCGAUUUAGAGCUUCGUGGAAGAAUUUAUCAUUACAAAGGAUGCGGUUUAUAUUAAAAUUAAUGUUAAUGGACGGAAUAUGACGGCUGCCCUUAGACUUGUAUUAUACACUUACACACUAAUUUUUUAAAGUUAACAAGGUGUGUGGUUUUUUUUGUUCGUUCAAUCGGGGGGGCGCCAAAAUUCUUGUCUGGGUGUACACAUGUAGUGAAGAAGUGUUUUGUUCACUUUCAUGCACACGUCCAGAAGUUGUGACUUUCGUACAAUUUCUGUGCUCAUUGACGUGUUUUUUUUGUUAAAUAAAAAUAAACUUCAAGUACGGGCAAUAUUGAAUUCAAUUAAUAAAUAUUACAGCAACAAACUGGAACGUUCUGCUGGACAUCCACCAAGCCUGUAUUUCAAGAAAAUACAUAAAAUGUGACGAUAUUUUGUGUCUUUCUUCCUGCUUGUUUUUUUUUUUUUUAAUAAAAUUACAGAUGUUCUGAAAA